UCUUUAAAUGUGCAAGGGUGUCUUAGACCAGUGAGGGGCACUUGGUAUCGCGUCAAGCUCAUAUCGGGACGAGCUGCGCCAGUUGUGCCGGAUUCAAGAGGCAAGCAGACCGGGCACCCAAGCUCACAACUCCUCGAGCUGGAUUGUGCUUUUCCUCUCUAUCUCCCCAACACCAACUUUCCCAUUCGCCCUCGUCUUGCCAUCAUGUCCAAGCGGCAUCUCUUCCCUUCGUUGGAGGGGCUCGUCCCCAAAGCUCUCCGGGGUAUCGUUGCUAGCAACCCACGACUGAACCUUGACGAGACCAACAGGGUCGUCUUCGACCCGGAAUCCCCGCGGUCCAUCGUCAGCAUCAUCAGCGGAGGCGGGUCCGGCCACGAGCCAGCAUGGUCCGGAUAUGUCGGAAACAACAUGCUCGCCGCUUCCGUGGCCGGCGAUGUCUUUGCGUCCCCCAGCACCAAGCAGAUCCUGGCAGCCAUUGAGGCUGUCCCGUCGGACAAAGGAACUCUCCUCGUCAUCACCAACUACACAGGCGACUGUCUUCACUUUGGCCUGGCGGCUGAGAAGACUAAGGCCAGGGGGCACCCUUGCCGGAUGCUUAUAUGCGGCGACGACGUGUCCAUAGGGAAAGCCGGCGGUUCGCUAGUUGGUCGGCGUGGACUUGCUGCCCAGAUUGCUGUAUUGAAAGUGCUCGGUGCCGCGGCUGCUCAGGGAGCGUCGCUAGACGAGCUCUACGAUUUCGGUACUGCCUUCGCGGACCAGAUCGUCAGCAUUGCGACUACCCUGGAUCAUUGUCACGUCCCUGGCCGGACUGAACAUGGUGCUCUAAACGAAGACGAAGUCGAGAUUGGCACCGGACCCCACAAUGAGCCGGGGUACAGGAAACUGUCGCCUGCGCCAUCGCCCAAGGCGUUGGUCAAGCAGAUUCUGACCUACUGCUUAGACGAAAAAGAUCCAGAACGAGGCUAUGUCAAAUUCAGCCCAGGAGACGAGACUGUCUUGGUCGUGAGCAACUUUGGGGGCAUGUCGAACCUUGAAAUGGGCGGUUUGGUCGACGAGCUUCUUCAGCAGUUACUCGCGGACUGGAAUAUUCAGCCUUCACGUGUGUACGCCGGAUGCUUGGAGACUUCCCUCAAUGCGCCAGCUUUCUCCGUCUCCGUAAUCAACAUCUCGUCAGCAGCCGCCAACAGCACAUAUUCCCUGGACCAGGUCAAAGCGUUCCUCGACGUCAGGACAGACACGGCAUGGGAAACCGUUGCCGGCUCUCAGAGCAACCCGCAACGGCGGCCGCGGGCAGACCAGAUUGUCCAGCCGCCGGUCGAAGAGAAGAAGGUCAUUGACGACACCGAGGACUUGAAAAUCGACGCGGCGGCUCUGGAGAGCAUGCUCCGCAGUGCCUGCGCCGAAGUGAUAGCAGCCGAGCCCGAUCUAACAAAAUGGGACACAGUCAUGGGCGACGGGGAUUGCGGCCUGACGCUCGAGACAGGAGCGAAAGCCCUUCUGGAGGCGGUAGACUUGAGACAAGUUGCUGCCAGGGGAUCUGUAGUCGAGGUGCUCGUCGAGUUGGAGGACAUUGUCGAGGGCAAGAUGGGCGGUACUCUUGGCGGCAUUCUCGGCAUCUUCUUCGUCUCGCUCAGGACAGCGGUGCAGGAGAACAACGGCCUAGCGCAAACAGAAGGAACCACGGCGGUGUGGGGAAAGGCACUGGCCAUCGCCAUAGCCCACCUUAGCCACUACACGCCGGCCAAGGUCGGCGACCGGACAGUCAUGGACACGCUGAUCCCGUUUGCCAACGCCAUGAAGUCGGGACAGACGUUUGAGGAGAGCGUCGCUGCCGCUGUCCGGGGCUCUGAGGCUACCAAGAUGCUGAAGCCGAGACUUGGUAGGGCAACGUAUGUCGGCGUGGGCGCAGACAGCUCUAAAGAGCUGCCGCCAGACCCCGGUGCCUGGGGCGCCAUGGUUGCGAUCAGGGGUUUGCUCUCGGGUGUUUGAAUUUUGUGUACGACCAUGACGGAACUGGGUUUUGGAAUUGGGGCACGUAGCUGCAGAAAUUCUGCCUAAUAAUUUACGCGUUUGGUUUCUUUUUGGUAAUUGGUAUCUACCCUCUGUAUCCGUCAUACCUUCCCAGCCUGUCUUGACUAGCGCCGGUGAUUAGCUGAGGUG